CUCCGCGUCUCUCUUUGUCGCUAACGGUGGCUCUAGUCCAUCAUCCCAAGUCAUUGCACCGUAGGCCGGUACUCUGCUUUGGUCACUUGCAUCCCAGCAGGGUCUUGCAAUAGGCUGGUACAAUCCUGGGAUUGUGAAUUCGCUUCGGAAAGGAAGGUGACUUUUCAUCCUUCGCGUGAAGCUGCCAGAUAUGGCCACAGCCCAACUUCCAGGUGGUGCUCCGCGGGGAUUACCCACCCGUGAAGAAAUCCAAGAAUAUGAGAAAAUCCUAAAAAUAAGUGACGACAUCUUUUCUGGGACUCACCCUAGGUUGAAGGUGCCCCAACAAUUUGUGCGAAAGACCGCGUCCCGAAACCAUCCUGCCCCGAAUCAAGCUCAGGUAAAAUCCGGUGACCAACCGGUUUCUUCCCCGGGCAAGAACCGCCCCCAGUCCGUGGCUACUACGCCGACGAUUCCUACAGACGCGCAGGCGACCAAUGUCGGCCACGCGGCCUCCGCUUUGGCUGCGUCUUCGCGCGUCAUGCCGAGACCUACGUCCGAGAUUGACCCGAUCUUUUUGACCAAGUCAGAUGAUCUUGUCAGAGCAGAACUACAAUUACAGCGGCAGAGGGUGGAAAGGUCGUUGCGGGAUCAGCUGGACCACAAGAGGCAGGAGUCGCGGCAGAAGGCGUCGAUCCAGGACGCGAAGCCCGACUUCGAUGUGUCCGAGGUGCUGCAGAAGGCCUUCGAGAUGGUGAACCCCUCGCCGUCGGUCGAGGCUCCCGCUGCUGGGCAGUCCAGUGACUCGUUCGAUGAUAACUCGUUCUAUUCGAGUAGAGCCCCUGAUUCUCCGCAGAAUGGCGAUCAGGCAGGGCCAUCCCCCAGACGACCCUCGCGUCAAGAGCUUGCCACUGAAGUCCCAAGAGAACCUUAUUCAGAUGAGUUGCAACGGCUUGAAGCCCUCAACCGAGCUGAAUCGGAUCAGGAUAUGCAAGAUACUUACCCCGUUGCAGACGCCCCAUUACCCUACCAUCACCAGAGGCCGUCACGGCAUGUCGAGGCAGAGUAUAUGGGUCCUAGAUACCAUGCGCCUCCGGCGCCAGUGGAUGCGUUUGAAGAGCCAGAAUACUCACCGCCUGCUCCAGGUGUGGCACCAAUGGAAAGGGGAACAGAUCAUGAAUAUCGUCCACGAGGAUAUCCCAGUGGGCCGAAACGACGAGGUCCCCCGGACACCAGAGUGUCCGACCGCGGCCGUUACCCUCGCAGGUCUAUAUCGCCCGGUGACGACGUAAGAGUUGUUCGAAACCAUAUAACGUCGCCGGCAGCGCCGCAGCCUUCUAGAGUCUCACCGCUAGCAAUCGCCAAGGUUCCCUCCGUCCACCAACACAAAGACUCCCGUUCCGAAUACGCCCCAGAGAGUCAGGCCAGCCCCGAUGGUCCUGCCCCCCAGCCGUUGUCAACUAGAAAGCGUAGGAGACUACAUGAUGACAAGGACAAGACUCGCACGGUCUCUCAGAGAAUGCAACCUGGCCGGUCUGAUGAACCUUACAUCAAGGAAGAACCCGUGUCGCCGCCACCUUUCGCAGACACGCCCCCAGCAUACCGCACUCGUCAGCCCCAGGAACGGCCUGUGUAUAUUGACAUCGCGUCCCCUCGGUAUACUCCGGUGGUGGAGAGGCGAGAACCUCCGAUCCGAGAGCCGGCCUAUGAGAUAGACCCGUACGAGCUUCAAGGUGAAACUAGCAUCCCGCGAACUCUGUCACGGGUCAGCGCCAGACGGCCCCUGCGGGAUGAUCAGGAUCUGCGGAGGGUUGCUAGCUUGCAUCACAGCCGGCAACAGGAAUAUCCUCGUGAAUACAUAGACCCUGCUAGCCCCCGCGGGUUGCGGGCAGCCUCUUACGCAGUUGUUGAACGUCCGCCACAGGAACGAGCCAGGUAUUACGACGAAGUCGCGCCUCCGCCUACGAGACGCUACGUUGCCGCAGGCGAAGCAUCAUCCUCGCCGCAGUACCGCGAAGCGUACUAUGAAGAGGAGCCUGCUAGCCGUAUGAUGGCACCCCCAACAACGCGGCGAAUCGUGGUUGAUGAGCACGGAAACCAAUAUUACGAAGCAGUCCCGGCACCAAGAAUGCAGGCUAUGCCUCCCCCGUCUACGCGUGUACCUCGCAGCGAGGUUUACGAGGACCCUCCACAAAUCCGCCAGGCCAGCGUCCGAGCUGCAUCCGUGCUGGAAGACCCCUACGGCGGCCGACGAUACAUGCAAGAGAUGCCUCCGCCGCAAGGAGUCUAUCGGCGAGUCACCGACUACGCUCGGCCGGCUCCGAGUGAUCGACGGUCCUACGUUGCUCCGCUUGACGAGCGCGAAACGUUCCCGCGCAGCGCUAGCGUCCAAGUCGGCGACUACGCUGCCCGGCGUCCACCCUACGUGGAAGAGGCCGAGCUUCCCCGCGAGCGAGUGGUUCGGAUCCCCAGCGUGCGACCACCCACCGCCUGCUACGAAGAACCCCGAGAGAUGCUUCCGCGGGUCGAAAGCGUCCGACCGGGGGGUCGAGAUAUGAGUGUGUACAUGGAUGAGGAUACCCGGCGGCCGAGAGAGUACAUUGAACGACCACUUUAUGUCGCAGCGCGACCUCUGGCCCGGGGAGAAGGGUACUACGAGAGCGGCGAGCCGGAGCGAGUGAUGCUCGAUAGCGGAGUCCAUCGCGUCUCGCAGCGCUAUUGAUCUGGAAAUUUUUCACCCAUGUAAUGACACAUAAUUCACGAAACGAGUAUUAUAGUCCAUUUGAUUCCCUCGUUUGAACAAAUUUCAUUGACACA